CCUGCAGCCCCCAGCACCCCUGCAGCCCCCCCUGCAGCUGUGCAGGGCAGCCCCAGGCCAGGCUCAGCCCCAGAUGUGUUUGUGGCCAGCCCUGCUCAGCCCCCCAGGAGCCAGGGGGGCUCCCCAGCUGAUGAGCCCCAGCAGGAAAAGGAGAACCAGCCCCUCAGCCCAGACUCCCCCCCUGCUGCUGGCAGCCCUGCAGCCGAGGCCCUGGGGGGCUGGGGGGGCCCUGGGGGGCCCGGGGGGGCUGCAGGGGCAGGUGGGGACAGCACCAUCCCCCCCAGAGCCCUGCUGGAGACCCCCAGGAAGGAGGAGAUGGACAUCGAGGAGAGGAUCCCGAUCUACCUGAGGAACCUGGGCAUCCAGCAGUCCCCUGGCUCCAUCCUGGCUCCCUUUGUGGCCCAGGCCCCCCUGCAGGAGCUGGAGUUCUCCCCCUGGCAGCUGAGGGGGCUGCAGCACCCCCUGGGCAGGCUGGGCAGGCUGCCCCAGGCACAGGGUGCAUUGCUGCCAGCCUUCGAGCUGUCACAGGGCAGCUGUGACACAGCUGUGUCCCCUCUGAGCCUGGCCCUGGGCUCCGGGGCUGCCUCGGGUCUGCUGAGUGCCCUGGAUCUGAGUGCCCAGGAGCUGAGUGCCAGCUACCCCCAGGAGCUGAGUGCCCAGGAUCUGAGUGCCCAGGAGCUGAGUGCCCAGGAGCUGAGUGCCCAGGAGCUGAGUGCCCUGGAUCUGAGUGCCCAGGAGCUGUGUGCCCAGGAGCUGAGUGCCCAGGAUCUGUGUGCCCAGGAGCUGAGUCCCCAGGAGCUGAGUGCCCAGGAACUGUGUGCCCAGGAGCUGAGUGCCCAUGAGCUGAGUGCCAGCUACCCCCAUGAGCUGAGUGCCCAUGAGCUGAGUCCUCAGGAUCUGAGUGCCCAGGAUCUGUGUGCCCAUGAGCUGAGUCCUCAGGAUCUGUGUGCCCUGGAGCUGAGUGCCCAGGAGCUGAGUCCCCAGGAGCUGAGUGCCAGCUACCCCCAGGAUCUGAUCUGA